AUGCACGGGACUCGGCCUCAUACUCGUCUAUCCUCUAUUUCUCAUAAUCCCACUACUCCGGCUGGUCCGUCCAUCGAACUCCUUCCUCUUGAUUCCAGACAGAAAUCCCCCGACCGUACUGCUCACCAGCUCACCAAACGUCUACGCAAGCUCGAGCAGCUCGCGGAGCGUGAAGAAAUGAAGUUCUCGCACAGCAUCCAGUUCAACGCUGUCCCGGACUGGAGCAGCAACUACAUCUCGUACAGCAAUCUCAAGAAGCUCAUCUACACCCUCGAGAAGCAACUGAACAAGCAACCCGCCGAGCAGCCUCAAGAUGAAGAGAACACAGCCUUGCUGGGUGCACAGCUCGAUCCAGAUAGCACGUUUAAGCGCAUGCUCGACUCGGAACUGGACAAGGUUUGCUCGUUUUACCGGCUGAAAGAACUGGAAAUCUUCGGCGACCUGGAACAAUUGCUCAAAGAUGCGGAGAAGUACAAGUCCGACACGAAAGAUUUGGAUAUGGACGAGGUUGUCGACCUGGAGAACCGGCGGAAGGCGACUCGGUCGCAGAGUGUAUUCAAUUCGCCCUUCAAGCGCAGGAGGCGGGCCUCGACGCUGAGUGUGAGCAUAGAGGAGCCCGAGAUGGAGGAAGACAGUGACAGUGAUGCUGAAGAUCACUCUGCCAUGCUCAGAAAGAAGCCCUCCAACCUGCGAAGGAGCAAGAGUGCGUGGAACGCCGAGUCUGAUCGCACGGAUCUGGGCGAGUCGAGAGAGAGUCUCGUACGUCCCGAUUCACCGACCUACCUGAGACGAAGACCUAGUUUGGCUAUGGAGCUGGAAGAAUCUGAUCCAGGACUCAUGUCGGCAUUGUACGACUCAGCCAUCACUCUGAAGAAGAGGAUCAUCAGCGUCUACGUCUCGCUGUGUGAGCUGAAAUCCUUUAUCCAACUCAACCAGACGGGCUUCAAGAAGGCGGCAAAGAAAUACGACAAGGUGUGCAACCGAGAUAUCCGAAAAGACUAUCUCGAAAAGGUCGUCAACACGUCCUACCCCUUCCUCGAAUCAACCAUGGCACGUCUGGAAGAAAACAUCCGCCAGGCGGAAAAGUGCUAUGCCGAGAUCGUCACCAAGGGAGACCAGAAUCUAGCUCGACGAGAACUGCGCCUCCACCUACGGGAGCAUGUCGUCUGGGAAAGGAACACGGUCUGGCGAGAGAUGAUUGGGAUCGAGCGCAAAGCACAAGCCGCGAACUUCGGUAUCAAGCAAACCUUGCUAGGUGGUGUACAAGAUCCUUCUCAGGCUCGACUACAAGGAGACCGCGACGAGAUUGCGACCAAGGAAAUCGCCACUCCCGUCGGUCGUUACAGGUGUCCGAAAUGGCUGUUUAGCUCGACUUUCUUCGCUCUGAUAGCCAUCUUGGCCAUCUUCCUUGCACUUCUCUUCGUGCCUAUCAUGAAGAAGCCGGAACAGCAGAAUUGUCUCGCAAUGCUGGUAUUCGUGUCCCUUCUGUGGGCGACCGAGGUCAUCCCCCUCUUCGUCACCUCCCUUCUCGUGCCAUUCCUGGUGGUUGUGCUGCGCAUCAUGCGGUCGGAGGACAAACCACACCAUCGACUCGAUUCGAAAGCCGCGACCAAAGCUGUCUUUGCCGCCAUGUGGACUCCCGUCAUUAUGCUGUUGCUGGGCGGAUUCACCAUCGCUGCCGCGCUGUCCAAAUAUCAUAUUGCGAAGAUGAUGGCGACGUUCGUGCUCAGCAAAGCAGGCACAAAGGCCCGCACCGUACUGCUCACCAAUAUGUUUGUCGGCAUGUUUUUGAGCAUGUGGAUCUCCAACGUUGCUGCUCCGGUCUUGUGCUUCAGUAUAAUUCAGCCCAUCCUCCGCAAUUUACCGGCCGAUAGUAACAUGUCAAAAGCGCUGAUCUUGGGAAUCGCCCUUGCUUCGAACAUUGGCGGCAUGGCCUCCCCAAUCGCAUCGCCACAGAACAUCGUCGCGUUACAGAACAUGAAGCCCGGCCCGAGUUGGGGCGUGUGGUUCUUCAUCGCUAUCCCAGUCUGCGUCAUCAGCAUCGUGCUGAUUUGGCUGUUGCUGCUGGUCUCGUUCAAGCCAGGACGAGGAACGACGAUCGUGCCGAUUCGCCCGAUGAAGGACAAACUCAACGGGAUGCAAUACUUUAUUAUCCUCGUCACGCUGGUUACAAUCGUCCUGUGGUGCACGUCACAUCAACUCGAGGGCAUCUUUGGCGACAUGGGUGUGAUCGCAAUCAUUCCCCUCGUCUUAUUUUUUGGCACAGGAAUAUUGACCAAGGAAGACUUCAACAAUUUCCUGUGGACCAUCAUCAUCCUCGCCGCCGGUGGAUUGAGCCUAGGCAGGGCAGUCUCGUCAUCAGGACUGCUGCACACGAUAGCCAAGGGCAUCACAGACGGUGUUGCGGACUUGUCCCUGUACGGCGUGCUCGUUGUCUUCGCGGCGCUGAUCCUCGUCGUUGCCACCUUCAUCUCACAUACUGUUGCCGCGUUGAUUAUCUUACCCCUGGUCCAGCAGGUUGGCGCGGGCAUGGAUCAACCACAUCCCAAUCUGUUGGUCAUGGGUUCCGCUCUGAUGUGCUCGGCCGCCAUGGGUUUGCCGACCAGUGGAUUCCCGAAUAUGACUGCAAUCAUGAUGGAAGUUCCCGAGACCGGUGUACGAUACUUGAGGGUCAAACACUUUUUGACGAGAGGCAUUCCCUCGUCUAUCAUGUCUUUUGGAGUGAUUGUGACUGUUGGCUAUGGUCUCAUGAUGGCUGCGGGCCUGUAA